GGAGGUGCCUCCUGCCCUGAGGCGGAAGCGAGGGCGCCCUCACGCCCUACGCCCCAGAGGAGGACUCGGCGCUUUCUCCCGGAGCGGGCCCAGGAAAAAGCAGAAAAGACCAUGGGGUGUAUUAAAAGUAAGGAAGAUAAAAGUCCUACAAUGAAAUAUAGGACUGAGAAUGCUCCAGAACCCAUUACUUCCCAUGCCAGCCAUUAUGGAACAGAUCCAACCCAAGCAAACCAGUCACCUGCAAUAAAGGGAUCAUCAGUUAAUUUUAACAGCCAUUCCGUGACUCCUUUUGGUGGGCCAUCUGGGAUGACACCGUUUGGAGGAGCAUCUUCCUCAUUUUCAUCUGUGCCAUGUCCAUAUCCUAGCGGUUUAACAGUUAUGUUAGUUUUGCUGGAUCAAGGAGAUAAUAUGGUUGCAGUAACAGGAAAUCAUUCUACAACAAUGAUCAUCUGUACUCAGUGUGGUGUUACUAUUUUUGUGGCCUUAUAUGACUAUGAAGCCAGAACUACAGAUGACCUUUCAUUCAAGAAGGGUGAACGGUUCCAGAUAAUCAAUAACACGGAAGGAGACUGGUGGGAAGCACGAUCAAUUGCAACAGGAAAGAGUGGCUACAUUCCUAGCAAUUACGUAGCUCCUGCAGACUCCAUUCAAGCAGAAGAAUGGUAUUUUGGUAAGAUGGGCAGGAAAGAUGCAGAGAGAUUACUUUUAAAUCCUGGGAACCAACGUGGUAUUUUCUUAGUCCGUGAGAGUGAAACCACAAAAGGUGCUUAUUCCCUUUCUAUACGUGACUGGGAUGAGGUUAGAGGUGACAAUGUGAAACACUACAAAAUUAGAAAACUUGAUAAUGGUGGAUAUUACAUAACAACUAGAGCACAAUUUGAAUCUUUGCAAAAGCUGGUCAAGCACUAUACAGAUCAUGCUGAUGGCCUGUGUCAUAAAUUAACAACUGUGUGCCCAACUGUGAAACCUCAGACACAAGGUUUAGCAAAAGAUGCCUGGGAAAUUCCUAGAGAGUCUUUGCGGCUAGAGGUUAAGCUGGGUCAAGGAUGCUUUGGCGAAGUAUGGAUGGGAACAUGGAAUGGAACUACAAAAGUAGCAAUCAAAACGCUAAAACCUGGUACAAUGAUGCCAGAAGCUUUUCUACAAGAAGCUCAAAUAAUGAAGAAAUUAAGGCAUGAUAAACUUGUUCCACUUUAUGCUGUUGUUUCUGAGGAGCCAAUCUACAUAGUCACUGAAUUCAUGACAAAAGGUAGCUUGCUAGACUUUCUUAAGGAAGGAGAAGGGAAAUACUUAAAGCUUCCGCAGUUGGUGGAUAUGGCUGCUCAGAUUGCAGAUGGCAUGGCCUACAUUGAAAGAAUGAACUACAUUCAUAGAGACCUUCGGGCAGCUAACAUCCUUGUAGGAGACAACCUGGUGUGCAAGAUUGCAGACUUUGGCUUAGCAAGGUUAAUAGAGGACAAUGAGUACACUGCCAGACAAGGGGCCAAAUUCCCAAUUAAGUGGACAGCACCUGAGGCUGCAUUAUAUGGUCGGUUUACAAUUAAAUCUGAUGUCUGGUCAUUUGGAAUUUUGUUGACAGAGCUUGUAACAAAGGGUCGUGUGCCAUAUCCAGGCAUGGUAAACCGGGAAGUUUUGGAACAAGUGGAACGUGGCUAUAGAAUGCCUUGUCCUCAAGGAUGCCCAGAAUCUCUCCAUGAGUUAAUGAAACUGUGUUGGAAGAAAGAUCCUGAUGAAAGACCAACAUUUGAGUAUAUUCAAUCUUUCUUAGAAGACUAUUUUACUGCAACAGAACCACAGUACCAGCCUGGAGAUAAUCUAUAAGUCUUUGGCCUACAUUCAUUGCACAAAUCUGCCAAAUAUAAAAUACUUCCAAAAAAAAAAAUCCUUGCUGAUUGGAAGGACUCAGAGGAAAGCAAAUUGCCAUUUGCAUGCUCUUGAUGGCUAGCAAACUGGAAUUCCAUAAUACAAUUGCACAAAACCACUUUUUAAAGUGUUAUACCCAAAUGUACCAAUGAUGUGAUAUUUUCCUUCCUUAUUCUGUCAGGGUCCAGAAGAAGCAUACCUUAAAAUUGGUGGUAAAAUGAGCGUUACCAUUACAGUUUAUAAGAGUGGCACAGCUAAUCUGUUUCUUUUUCUCUUGUCUUAUCUGUACUGCAAAGGGAACACCAGCAAUUAGAUAAACUUCUGAAUGGAAAUGUUCUGAGAAUAAGAAAGGAGGUGUACGGGACCAAACAAUUCAGUUCCAAUUUUAUAAAAUGUCCUGUGUCCAAAAACUGAGAUAGCACUACAGUUGUGAUCUUGAGACCCGACCCAUUUUACAUUGAUUUAAUUAGGAUAGGAAAGUAUUCUUUUAAAAACCAGACAAUUUGUGAUAAACUUGAUUAAAUUGUAGACCUCAGUAGUGGAAGUGAAGAGCAUUAAUGCACUGUAGAGAUACUUUUAUGUUAAUGUAACUGGAAAUUAGUAUAUGCAAGUUGAUCUCCCCCACCCCACCCCCGUUCCUGCUAUACUUUAAUUAUAAAUGAUAAAGGUAACCACAAGUUGAAUUAAUGCAAUCAGGGGGAAAGAGAAAGUCUCAUCAUUCUUUCAAGAGGCAGCCUUUCAGAGAGAAAUGCCCUGUGAAACAUGCCUCAAUCUUGUGAGCUUCUUUCAGGAGAGAAAGAGAGAGAGAGAGGGAGGGAGAGGUGGUCAGUAGCUACAAAUGCUUCCUAUAAAACAUUGCUAGUUCAGGGAUUCACAAAAUUGCACUUCUGCUUUUCUUAAGAAGAUACUCUUAUGUAUCAUUUACAAAGUAUUUAUGGGAAAAAGUGUGAAAAGUUGAGGAGUCCAAUAUAUUUAGUAUUAGAUUAUUGACAGCAAAUUAUUGAUAGUUGGCCCAGCUGUUGCAUACUAUAUUCAGGCUCCAAGCCAACAGAGCAUGCAUACAGAGCAGGGUUUGCACAUGGACUGGCUGUUUAAAAAAGCCAAACUCCCACCAAUAAGUGGCUGUGUGUGGAAGGGGGAGUGGUUGGUAGGAUUUACCAUUCCCGCCCCCCCCCCGGGGCUUUGCAUAUUCACCCCACUAGAUUCAGCUAGUGGCAAGCGUGGAGGAGCCUUCUUCCACCUGCAUAUUGUCCUUAGUUAUAUUUGGAAGUAAUAGUAGUUAACAUAACCUCUGACAUAUCAAGCAAUAAUGUGCCGUUGGCAUUGUUAGAAUUUGCCAGUUUUACUUUUAAAAAAAUUCUGCACAACAAACUUUUUCUGUGAAAAUUAUGAUCAACAUCAUUGUCAUAUCAGACAAAUCGUAUGGAUUUAGUUCUUAAUGGUUACAUUUGUUGCAUUGGGAGUUUUGAAUUAUGCUCCUACAAUAUUUUUUGUAAAACGGUGCAAUUAUGUUGCAUUUUCCCUUAUCAUUUAUGCAUCCCUAACUAUGAAAUUUUCUAAGGGUUUUAAGUAGAAAAUAAAUUAUGGGAUUGUGAUUUUUCCUGUAUGUUAGAAUGGGUAAUGCAGUUACAUUUAUGUAAUAACGCAACACAUCAGUAAAUUAUUCUGAUAUUGAUUGGAUGUUAAUUAACAAAUGGAACAAUUCAUUGUAACAACAUUUGUAUAGUGAGGAAAUAAAAAACCACAACUUUAUGAGCCAGUUCAUGAAAAAUGAUUAUGUAUUUUAAAAAGAAUGCCCUCAGUAUCUACAACUUUCUUUGUGAUAAGUCAUUUACCUCAAAUCUUUGAUGUAAUUAAGCUGUUUUGGCAAAUAAGAACUUGACACUGACAUACUUUUUUAUUAAAAGUAAUACAAUACACUACAAAAAUUAAUUAUUUUUAUAAAGUAUGUUUUUAAUUUUGUUUAACAGGAUUGAUUUUAAAUUAAAUUCACCCAAAUUAUAGCAGCUUAUCUUUUUUUAAAAAAGAAAAGAAAAAUCCUGAUAGGUUCCUGGGCUGCUUUCUUAAGCCAGUAUGACAUAGGGGUUAGAGUGCCAAGGAGAGCAGGGUGCAAAUCCCCACUUGGGAUUCAUGCUCACUGGGGGUCCUUAGGCCAGGCACUGCCUCUCAGCCUAACCUACCUCACAGGGUUGUUGUGGGGAUGGGGGAGAGCUAUGUGUGCCACCUUGGGCUGAAAAGGGCAACCUAGAAAUGCAAUAAAUAAAUAAAUAAUUUGAACAUCACUUUAGAA